AUGACACCCAACUUCUCCAAUCGUCACAGCGGCUCCUCGCUAUCCCUCCAAGCCCUUAACCCGCUCAUUACCGUCACAAUGCCUCAGGAUAUGCCCCCAACGGGGGGCUACGCUCAAGUCCAAUACAAGCGGAACGUCCCUGCCCGUGGCUUCAAGCCCGUCUACUACAUGAUUGGCAUGCAUGUUAUCAUGGCCUACGGUUUCUACAAGUACUUCCACGGUGUCCGUGAGCAGCGUGAGCUCGCCCGUGAGAAGAUGUGGUCCCGUCUGCACCUCACUCCUCUCCUCCAGGCCGAGGAGGACCGCGACCAGGUCCGCCGGCACUACGCCGACAAGGCGCGCGAGAAGGAGCUUCUCGGUACCGAUUCCAAGAUCUACAACUCCAACCGCUUUGUCCGCCCUACUUUCGCCUAUACCCCCGCCAAUCUCACUCAGUAG